CUGGACCUUUUUUGUUUGAGGAGACAUGACUUAGCCCGACAACUGACCAGAUUUGAUCCGCAGCUCUUCCUCUCUUAAGUUAUUUGUUGGCCACUGUUCUACUUUGCUGCUGUGAGGCAGAGCAGUCCCGCUCUGCCCGGGAAGCAGGGACAGACAGACAGAGAGGCCGCCCUGCGAAGUGUUCUCCUUUUCAUGGAUGCCAGGGUGGACCUGCUGCACUUAUGGACAGUCCUUGUCCUCCUAACAACUGAAUUGAUGUGGACUGAUGCCGCAGAGGUCUACACCAACACUUGGGCUGUCCAGAUCAAUGGGGGGCCAGAGGAGGCUGACCGCAUCGCCAGGGAGCAUGGUUUUAUCAACCUUGGCAAUGUUUUUGGAGAUUAUUAUCACUUCAGUCAUCAUGCUGUGGAGAAAAGGGCUUUGUCUGGCCACAAGGGGAUGCGCACCAGACUACAAAAAGAACCACAGGUUCUGUGGGCAGAGCAGCAAGUAGUGAGAAAAAGGAAAAAGAGGGAUGUCUAUGAAGACCCAACAGACCCUGAUUUUCCCAAGCAGUGGUACCUGUCUACCCCAACACACCAAGACCUGAAUACUAAAGUGGCCUGGGCUCAAGGAUACACAGGAAAAGGUGUUGUGGUGACUAUCCUAGACGAUGGGAUUGAAAAGGACCAUCCUGACCUCAUCAGCAAUUAUGACCCUGAGGCCAGCUAUGAUGUUAAUGACGGAGAUGCCGACCCACAGCCGAGAUACACGCAGCGGAAUGAGAACAGACAUGGAACUCGAUGUGCAGGAGAAGUUGCUGCUGCAGCCAACAACGGUGUGUGUGGUGUAGGUGUGGCCUAUAAUGCUAAAAUUGGAGGAGUUCGCAUGUUGGAUGGGGAAGUGACAGAUGUGGUGGAGGCCCACUCUCUGAGCCUCAACCCUCAGCACAUCCACAUUUACAGUGCCAGCUGGGGACCAGAGGAUGACGGCAAGUCGCUGGAUGGCCCUGCCAAGCUGGCUAAGGAGGCGUUCCUCCAGGGAAUCACCAAGGGACGCAACGGACUGGGCUCCAUCUUUGUGUGGGCCUCGGGGAACGGUGGCCGGGAGCUGGACAGCUGUAACUGUGAUGGCUACACCAACAGCAUUUACACCCUGUCCAUCAGCAGCACCACGCAGUCCGGCAACGUGCCGUGGUACAGCGAGCCCUGCUCUUCCACCCUCGCUACCACCUUCAGCUCUGGAAACCCCGGGGAGAAACAAAUAGUGACCACCGACCUGAGGCAAAAAUGCACAGACUCUCACACGGGGACAUCUGCUUCGGCCCCGCUGGCGGCUGGGAUCAUCGCACUGGCUCUGGAGGCCAAUAUGAACCUGACCUGGAGGGACAUGCAGCACCUGGUGGUCAGAACGGCCCAGCCCGGACACCUCGGCGCCGGAGACUGGAAGACCAAUGGAGUGGGACGCAGAGUGAGCCAUUCAUACGGUUACGGGCUCUUGGAUGCCGGUGCUAUGGUAGCUCUGGCACAAAACUGGACCACAGUGGGGCCACAGCACCAGUGUGUUCACACCAUGCUCACUGAACCAAGAGAUAUCGGGAACAAGCUGCUUUUCAGCAAGAGCGUGGAUGCCUGCUGGGGGCGACCAGAGUAUGUCAGCUCUCUGGAACACGUACAGGCUCGCCUCACUCUCUCCCACAACCAGAGAGGGAAAUUGGCCAUUCAUCUCAUCAGCCCACUGGGUACACGCUCCACCCUGCUGUUCCCCAGGCCCAAUGACUUCUCCUCAGAGGGGUUCAACGACUGGGCCUUCAUGACCACCCACUCAUGGGACGAGGAUCCUCAAGGGGAAUGGACCCUGGAGAUAGAAAACGUAGCAGCUAAUGGACGUGACUAUGGCACACUGGGUCAGUUCACCCUCAUCCUGUGGGGCACUGGACCCAGCAUAAUAAACCCCUCAUCAUCCGACUUCCCUCGGCCAUCCAACAAUAGCUGCAAGACCUUUGACGCUCAGCAGAUCUGUAUCGAGUGCAGCCCCGGCUUCUCUCUCUUCCUCCAGGGUUGUGUGAAGUUGUGUCCACCGGGUUUCACCUCAGGGCUGCAGCUCCUCAACUUGUCUCUGGAGAAUUGGGUCGACUUGUCCUCAGUCCAAGCCUGCCUGCCCUGCAACCCCGCCUGCCUCACCUGCUCUGGCACCGGACCUACAGACUGCCUGUCCUGCCCACCUCACAGCCACCUGGUCCUCACCUCCUGCCUGCACCAGAACCAAGUCCAGAGAAAAUCCCCUCUAGCUGGGGGACUCCAGGGUGAUGAAGCCCAGCCACAGGGGGAGAUCCCAGCAGCAGGUGACAAUACCAAGGAAGGCGAAGAACCUCCGGGGCUCAGCAUAGCUCCAUCCACUCGGCUGCCUGCUGCUGUGGCCAUGCUCAGCUGUGCCUUCAUCCUGGUAGCCUUCGUCGGGGUCUUCCUCUUGCUGCAGAUGCGCUCAGGUGGUGCUUCUUUAGGCUGGAGGACCAAACUGCCCUCUGUGUAUUCAGAGACAAGGGGGGAGCGGGUGGGGUUUGGUUUUGGCUUCGGCCAAGGACCGGAGAGGAAGGCAAGGAUAUGCUACAAGGGGAUCCCCACCGUGUGGGGGGAUGAGGACAUGAUUGCCUACGAGUCUGAAUCAGACAGCGAGGAAGUGGAUGGCCACAGCGAGAGGACCGCUUUUAUCAAAACACAAAGCUCUAUCUAGCUGAACCUGCAGGAGAAUCACACAGGCUCAGUCAAAAACAAAACGCAGGCCUUACUGUCCCAUUAGCACCCCAACCAAAUGCAUUAGAGUCAGCCAUGUUUUUCAUGUAUUUUACAUUUUUGAUUUUGUCAGGUGUAUUUAUUAUGCCUUUGACUCUGCAACAAAUUUAAGGUAUUAUGCAAUUAUUUCACUUAAUUUUACUAAAUAAGCCACUUUACCAUAUUUGUCCACUCUAUUAAAGGAAUAUUCCAGCAAUUUAACAUUGUACCUCCAUAAAGUUAUGGGAUUACAAGAGAUGGAUAUUAAAAAGAAUGGUCAAAUCACAGAAACCUACAUUUCCCAUAAUGCAGCCCAGUAGCAUCGUUUCUUAGAUCCCGCUGCCUGAUAAAUGUAGGCUUUGUGAAAAAGUCAAAAUAACCUUGAUGACAUCAUCAGGUUUGUUUUAUCAGACUUGGCAAAACUAGUCCAGCAUCCCACAGGACGUACAGUAUACGUACAUCACAGGCUGUGAUAAGUGACAGAACCUAGUGUGAAAUGGGUGGAGUGGCCCUUUAAGCCAGUAGCGUGCAUUACUUUAUCACAUAUGUAUGAUUUGUCCCCAACCCAAACACCUGGCCACCAGCACAGGCAGAUUUCAAAUAAAUUGGCUCUUUAUAUUUAUGUCAGACAGUGGGCCAGAGAUCAUGAAGUUGACGCGCUGUUUAUUACUAGCAAGAAUGCGUUAGAUUGAAGAUUUCUGCAGCCUACUGCAACGGCAUAAUAAAACAUCCUGCAGGCAGUUUGAGAAGCAGAAAACUGUGAUAGAUGCUGUCUCCAAUCAAACCACCGCAGCACAGACAUACAGUAUCUGAGAUAUCAGUCACAAAAAUCUUAUUGACUUCUACAAGAAAACACACUUUUGAGUGAAAUAAAAAAAAAAAAAAACCCUUGGCCCAAAGCCGCUCGGCUGACCCUUACAACGUUUUUUUACUUGAUUGAUACUGGUAAGAAAUAUGAUCAUUUUCUCUUCAUUUUCCCCACAGAGUACAUAUUGAUCUCGGAUCUUCUCUUUCUAUUGUGAGCACCAUACAUUGGCAGUCAAGCUUCAUGUCCAAUCUAUAACAGUGUAGACCUGUCGCUACACAAGCUGAAUCAAAGACUCUGGAUCUAAAAGCCAGAAAUAACGGAACAGAUCUUGUAUCGCAUUUUCUACGUUUGUUUUAUAUCCUUUCUUAUUUAACUGACAGUGGAUGUUGUGGAGAUCAGUUUCACGAUGGAAUAAAAAUGACUUUGGCUGUUGCAUAGAUUUACUGUCUUUGCUGCCAGAUUUCAACAUUUUUAGGGGUUUACGCAUCUUAAAUUCAGCCCCUUCCACACAAACGCCACACGAGAGCAGAUGGUUCAUCUUUUCUUUAUGAACAUAUAUCAUUGUUGCCAGUUUGUUUCCUUCACUCCAGGCGUUGAGCUUUACUGUCUUCUGCCUGCUAUCCAGUUAGUGUCUAGACAAAAAGCCUGAAAGAAACCUUUUUUCCUCAAGCUUCAAUAUGGCAGGCCCCUCAGAGAUUAAAUUAAAAUAAAUAAAAAAGGUUUGCACGCAUGCAGGAAAACAAUGCCAGCCUGUAUCAGCUUUGUUCAUUAGCAGCUUUCCCCUGUUUCACCUUUUACAGUGGCAGGAUGUAACCGAGUUCAUGGGUGAAGGUACAUUCAUUCUGUGGCCCAUAAUUAGAUCUGCCGGGAGAAAUCGCUGCACAUUUCAGUGCCCCUCGGAUGCAACAUGCUUUGCAUUAUAAAUGCUGUAUGUGCGAAAAUAAACGCGUGCACGAAUCGGAUCAUAUAGUUAAGAGUGGAUGACUCUGAAAGGCUUUUAUCUCCUCAUUCAUUACAUGGUUCUGUGAGCUCCUUUCAUUGCUUUUUUCUGGAUGCCCUUUAGCUUGUAUUAAUUAGCUGCCAUGUACUGUACAAUGCUGCCUGCUAACUAGACUUGGCAACAAGAAAUGUUAGAUUAAUUAAUACAACAUACACAAAUCAGAUCCACAUCAGCUGAUUUCACACUGAGAUCAGCUGGUUGCUGAGGUUCCAUUCCCAUUAUUCCACAAGGCCAAACAUUAUUUGUGUCUGAUGCUAAAGCAGACUGUCUGCCCCCCAUCCCUGACAUUGCAGGAGAUGUUGAGAAAUAUGGUUGGCACCAACAGAGUCUAGAAUAAAAUGCAGAGGCUGAGUGGCCCCAGAGUGCCUCCACAAGCAUCAUAGCACCACCAGCAGACACACACACACACACACACGCGCCUACAAAGGCUUCCCUCCACCUAUACAGAGCACUGAUCACUUUCUGGCCUCAGGCGUCCCUGGCAACACAUUUUAUUUGUGUGUGUGUCCCUGAUCCAUGUUUACCUGGAGACCAACCACCGACAGGUGAAGAACUGGAAGUGAGUGAUGUGUCUGACAGCAGGUGAAGCCCUGGACUCUACUGCUCACACUGACUUAACGUUGCCCCCUACUGACUGAGGAUUAAUCAAGCUCUUUACUGAUGCAGAGAGACAACCAGAAAAUACACCAGGCACUAGCACAUUAGAAAAGGAUUCAUUAAUUAUAAUAACUUUGAGGACAAACUUUUUAAAAACAAACUUAUCUUUAUUUACUCCAUCUCUUUUGUAACUCUACUGCAGUUUUGAUCCAUCAUGAAUAAAAAGAAGUCACUGCCUUCAUAUAUUACCUCUGAAUUAACAAAAACAGCGCUACAACAGGUAUCACUUAUUUAAAAAAAAAAAAAAAA